GCCCACCGGAUAAACCUGCAGCUCGCCACGUAUAGCUCGUUCCUAGUACAUGUCAAGUUCGGAAUCUGCCAAGACGUGAUUGCGUUGGGUGCAGGGGUUGUCGGUCUCAGUACCGCUAUAAGACUGCUUGAGAAAGGUUACGACGUUUCUGUAAUUGCUGAGUCGUUCCCCACCGAUCCUAGAUCAAUCAAGUAUACCAGCCCGUGGGCGGUGAGCAUUGAUUGUUCCAUCGUAACAAUGGUAUACCGAGAGACAUACCAGGGUGCGUACCAAGUGAUGUACUUGGGGGAUGACCCACGACAGAAAUCCAUCCGCGAGGAGACACUGAAGGUCAUGUUGGAGCUGUCCGCUCCUGGGGGUGCUGCGGAGGGUUGCUUCCGCCGUCUGCAAUCUGUCGAAUCCUUCCUCGAAGACAUCACUCCGACGAAUCACGAAAGUCUCUUCCAUCCAAAACCGUUGCCCAAGGAGUCUUUGCAUCCCAAAGCGAAGUCCGGCUACAUCUUCGACACCUACACCAUUGACACGACGCCCUACCUCAACUACCUCCUCGCUCGCUUCCUCAACGCGUUCUCUCUUGGAAAGCCCGCUCAGCGACCGGUGGAUGCACUGAUCAUCUGUGCCGGCCUCGGUGCGCGGGCGCUCGGCGGCGUGGAGGACAAGGCGAUGCACCCUGUCCGGGGGCAGCGGGUUCUCAUCCACGCACCGUGGAUCGAGAAGGCCGCUGGCCUCGAGGAAAGUCCGGGCAGAGACACCUAUAUCAUUCCGAGGAGGAACGGGAACGUUGUCCUUGGCGGAACGCGCGAUGUGGAUGACUGGUAUCCUAUUGUCAGACCCGAGACGACGGAGGACAUUCUCGCUCGGUGCCUCGCGCUCUGUCCCGAGCUCGCCCCACCGGAAGUGCGCGCGAAGCGAGCCCCGACGAUCGACGACCUCCGUCCCCUCAUCGUCGAGGUGGGCUGCGGGUUGCGGCCGGCGCGCGAUGGAGGCCUUCGGCUGGACGUGGAGUGGGUGACGAACAAGAAGGACGGUAGACAGGUGCCGAUGGUGUUCAACUACGGGCACGGAAGCUCUGGUUAUGAGAGCUCUUGGGGCUCUGCGGAUGUCGCAGUCAGCCUCCUCGAGAAUGCUCUGGCCGGUAAGGCGGAUAACUGAGCAUGGGGCGUAGCCUUGAUACAUCAAGCAGGAUCGAGGCCGUCGUGAGCAGUCGGUGGAGAGCGGAG